AUGGGCAACAACCAAAGCCACCUCUCAGUCUACCGCGGGGCCUACCUCGCCGGCUGGCGCGCAGCAGGUCGAAGAUCCAUGGAGGCCGCCGCCUUCACCGUCAUCCUAUUUGCAGUACAAAUCUGGAGGCGCGGACCACUCAUCUUUCCCUCGCCACGCAAAUCCAUCCCCAAACUUAGCAACGAGGAGAUCUCGCAUCUCCCCUACCCACCUGACGCGUUGCCCGGAGCCCGGGAUGUCUCAACCCCCUACGGCUCCAUCAGGGUCUACGAAUGGGGUCCCGAGGGUGGGCGGAAAGUGCUGUUUAUCCACGGCAUCAGUACGCCUUGCAUCGCGUUCGCAGGCAUGGCGAACCAACUCGUCGAGCAGCGAGGGUGUCGCGUGAUGCUGUUCGAUCUGUUCGGGCGCGGAUAUAGUGAUGCGCCGAACCCCGAGGUGUACAGGCAGGAUCUGGGGCUUUGGACUAGCCAGAUCAUGCUCGUGCUUUCGUCGUCGAAACUCAGCUGGACUGGGGGAGGGGAGAGGUUCUCGCUGGUUGGGUACAGUAUGGGUGGAGGCAUUGCUGGGAGCUUUACUUCCUACUUCCCGGAGCUGGUUGAAAGUCUGGUACUAAUAGCUCCUGGGGGUUUGUUAAGGCCGAGCAGGAUCAGCACGUCAAGCAAGCUAUUAUACAGUGGAUGGUUACCAGGAUGGAUGAUGAACUACUUCGUCGGCCGUCGGUUACGAGGCAGCAGUGGGGGCCAUCCUGCCACAGGCGGCAAGGGAGAGUCUACUGCAAACCCGCCUGAUGCAGCGGAAUCAGAGGUUCCAGGCCACCCAGCCAACGCGAAAGACUCCGACGCAGCAAUGAUACCGGGCAGGCCUGGACUAUCGAUCGCGAAGGCCGUCGCGUGGGAGACCGACGAGCAUGCCGGAUUUUUACCGUCUUUCAUAUCGUCGAUAAAGUAUGCGCCGGUCUCCCGAGAGCAUCAGCGCUGGAAACGGCUGGGGAUGCGGUGUGAGGCGCGAAGAGCGUCUACCGAACCGGAGAAGAUCUCAGGGCUGGAGGAGGGCAAGGUGCUUGUGUUGCUCGGGAAGCAGGACUCGGUCAUUGUGGCAGAUGAGACCGAGAAAGACGCAAAGGAGGCAUUGGGGAAGGAGAAUCUGAAGGUGGUGAGGUUGGAAGGUGGACAUGAUGUUCCCGUUGUGAAUAGCAAGGGGUGUGUGGAGGCUAUGCUUGAGUUCUGGGAUGAUAGUCCAGUGUAA